GAAAUCUUAAUUUAACGUUUACUGUUUGUGCUUUGAUUUAAAUUGUACACAAAUAAUUUAAUUUUGUUGUCGCGUUUCAAGUAAAAAAUCCAUGAAAUAACCAGCGAAAUGCCAAUUUUUCGGCUGGACAGGUAUCCUUACGUGUGCCGGAUGUGCCUAAAGCCGGAACAGAUCCGGAAGAUGACGUCGCUGGACACUAAGGAUGAAUGCUUCAAGGGGAGUGCCACCUUCGAGGAGUUUCUGGCCAAAAUCACGUUCCCGAUAGAGGAGGAAAGGCGCCAACUCUUUCCGCGCUCGAUCUGCCCCCAGUGCAAGGACCUGCUCCGAACAAUUGCCCGUUUUCACGCUAAAAUUCGCAACGUUCACCUGUUUAUGGACGCUCUGGUGGAGCUGCGGAAUUUCAACACGGCCCCUAUCAAGGAUCUCUUCAAUUCGAAACCAGGCUCCGUCCAGACGAUGCUCAAACAGCUGAACUUAUGUGCCAACGCUGACUUCCAAGCGGAGGAUCUGAUUGACGAAUUUCCGCAGUUUCAAGUCGCCCAACUUCCGGCGGCUUCGAGAGACUACCAUCUGGACGAGGAAAUCAAAAUGGAAAUAGAAAUAGAGCCGGAAGGUGUCGCGGAGUCGGACAAACGCGAAGCGAACAAUGCAUUCGCUGAAGAAUGCUUACUCGAGGAGGUGGUUGAGGAGGUGACAUGGGAAGUUGUAGCUGAGGAAGCAUCAAGGUAGAUGUUACGCAGAAAGAGGAUGCAAUUGACCAA